UCCGUCUUUAGCAUUCUAAGAAGUCCAAACAGUCCAUUACAAACCCCAUGACCAUUUGGCAACCAGUCCGUGGUUAACAGUAGCAUUUAUUUUAGCCACUCGCUCGUCCUUUCCAUUGGCCGGCUACCGUCCCCUUUUUGUCUUCAGUUCAAAGCCCUUAUCAUCAGACGAUGCUUCCAAAUUCUUCUCUCCUAGACUUCAACCAUUCAAUGCCAAGAACACAAAGAUUGAAACCCAAGACAAAUAAAGGAAGGCAUGCGAAGAUAUAAAAGAUAUGCUCAAUGCUCAUGCCCCCUUUUGAGGUGUAUAUCUUAACCUCUUUCAACUCCUUUUGUCUUCCCCUUUUCGUCAAUAUUUUGCAUCCUUCGGUUAACUAGAUCCUGUUAUCAUGCAUGUAUCGAGAUAAAAGUGAUGGUUGAAGCUGCACUAUGGUUUUAAAAGCCGUAUGGGUGCUGAUUGGGACCGUUGGUGUGGUUUUGAUUCUGAUAUUUAUCACAAUAUGGCACUUGUUCAAAAGAAAGUCGAUACCAAAUGAGCUACGGAUUGAUGAUGCUUCCGAAGAUUUUGUACUCGAGGAGCCUGAUUGCAAGGAAAUCCCGCUGAAGGAGAUCUAUGCUGCUACAAACAGUUUUAAUUCUUCAAAUUAUAUUGGUCAGGGCAUUGCUGGGAAGGUGUACAAAGGUGUGCUUUCAAAUGGUUGGCAUGUUGCGAUUAAGCACAUACUUAAGGAUGGACAUGCAGAGACAUUUGUCAGAGAAAUUACGAGCCUGUCUCAUGUUAGACACCCAAACCUUGUGACUUUACGAGGUUAUUGUGAAGAAGAAGAUGAUUGUUUUCUUGUUUAUGAGCUAUGCCCCAAUGGCAGUUUAUCAGAGUGGAUAUUUGUAGGAAAGGAAAAAUGCCUCUCAUGGGUUCAGAGACUUGAGAUUUCCAUUGGUAGUGCUCGCGGGCUUUGGUUUCUUCACGCAUAUACUGGCGGAUGCAUAGUCCACAGAGAUAUCAAGCCAACCAAUAUUCUUCUAGGGGAUGAUUUUGAAGCAAAACUAUCAGAUUUUGGCUUAUCUAAAGUAAUGGAGCUUGGUGUUUCAAAUGUCAGCUCUGAAGUGAGAGGGACAUUAGGAUAUGUUGAUCCUGACUACCGUCAAAAUCACCGUGUGAAUGCAGCUGGUGAUGUAUACAGCUUCGGGAUUGUACUUUUACAAAUUAUUUCAGGGAAGCGAGUCAUCAAUAUGAACGUCACAAAGCCUAUGCUGCUGAGUAAAAUGGCCAAACUCCUUAUAAAAGGCGGUAACAUUUCAGACUUUGCUGAUCCCAGACUGAAUGGGGAAUUCUCAGUAGAUGCUUUUGAGCUCGUGUUCAAGCUAGCUCUCUCGUGCACUGCUCAUAAACAGCAGCGCCCAUCAAUGGAGCAGGUCGUCAUUAGGUUAGAGAACGCACUUGAAAUCUCAGCAAGAGAAAACGGGGCAUAUCAUGUCACUAUUCCCUUAUCUGGAAAUGAUAUUUAGUUCUUCUAUUUCUAGUUUUGUUACUGAAACUGAACAGAAUGUGUAAGGAAUUCUUCCAUUAAUUAACAUAUAAACAACAACCUUUGCUGGUUUCAGUA